AUGUAGCACCAGGAGGUUUUCUUCGCAAGGCAGAGGUCUCAUCGGUCUCAUCCAUAAAAUCUUACAAAACGCAAGAAAUUAAUUGCGAUUAUUUUACAAAAGUAGUGCUAAAAUAACGAACUGCACUAUGGCUGAUCCUGAAGAAGUAAAUGGUGUCGAUGAUUCCGCCGACAAGAAACAGAAAAAAGCUUCGAAACACGAUAGCGGAGCGGCGGAUUUGGAACGAGUGACCGACUAUGCUGAAGAGAAGGAAAUCACAUCCAAGGAGAUUACCGAUGCGGCUAAUAUGUUCGAAGAAAAACGAAAUAAGGAAAAUGAAGAAAAGCUAGCCAAAGAACGAGAACUGCAAAAAGUCCACGUGAGAAAAGAGGACAUUGAGCUAAUAAUUAGAGAAAUGGAAAUCAGCCGGUCGAAAGCAGAGGAAACCUUGCGGGUACACAUGGGGGACGUCGUGUCCGCCCUGGAAGCACUCACCAACUAGCGAACUGAUUGUAACAACAGGUAGUGCAACGUGACAUGCAAGGAUCAGAUCAAUCAGCUACCGACCAGGUACUCAUGGGCAAUGAUUUUUUUGUUUAAUUGUAUAGUAGAUUACAAUUGUGGCGCUUAUCGAUAAUAGAUGCAAGCCGAUGCCGUAACUACAUCCGCUGA